UUUUCUUGUCUAAGGUAGAAUUGAUUUUUAACGUAACCUCUUUGUUUUUAUUUCAUAUAUUUACAAUUCAUUCUAUUCCUAAGGUAAAGAGUGAUUUGCAGUUUUUCAAUAAUGGGCCUGAUUAACUUAUUUAACCCAUUGGACCUUACAGGAUAUACCCUCGUUAUCCCAAGCAUAUCAGUAGGAAAUGUACCACAACUUUCCGUAGAUCUUAUGAUAAAAAACUUUGAAAUGGAGAAAAUUGGCACUGUUUGGCACCCAGGCUUAGUUGCUUCCACAGGAGCAGAUCCCUUUGAUCCCAAAAGUAAAUUAGUAUGUACUGCCUGUGAAAUAUAUACCAAUACCAGUCUUAAAUUGGCAGUUAUCCAGCUAAGAUCCACAAUCGAAACCAAACUGGUUCUUACUUUCUUUAAGGAACUUAUAAACAGUCUACAACAGUUGAAGUUUAGUAGAGUGUAUAUUUUAGCAACAGCAUUUGAUUAUGAGUUACAUAAUAUUGCUAAUAAACAUAUUUAUUAUUAUCUUACUCAUCGGCCAGUGAGUGAAAAAGUGACCAGUUUAAGUAAUUGGAAACCUUAUGAAAGAGAUCCAAAUGAAAAAUUGUAUAUAAGUGGUGGAGGAUAUGCCUCAAAACUAUAUGAAUUACUUGCUGAACAACUUACAACUGCAUUAUUAGUUAAAUAUGUUUCUGAAGGUGAAAAUGUUAUAGAUGCCCAGGAUUUUCUUGUAAAACUUUGUGAAUUUGCUGAUAUCAAUACAGAAAAUAUAAAAUGCAUUCAAAUUCCUAGUUCUUGGCAUUAUGUAUAUGGAGCACCUCCACCUGCUGGGAUUUUUUAAUGUGAAAUGACAACUCUUAAGCUUUAUUCAUAUAUUUAUACAUUUAAGUGAAAACUAUUUAAUCUAAUAAAAACAUAUUUAUAUAGUAACUAUUAA